CUAAAAAGAUACCAUACAUUAAAUUAAUUAAUUUAUUUAUUUUUUCAGUAAUACGAUGAUAAUUAUCUUUAGAAGAGUGGUGCCGCAGCUGAGCUAACUAUUGGCCAUUCCAGCAGCAUAUCUAGAAAAUUUCAUUUGGAAAAUGAAAAAAGCAUCUUUUUUGUUGGAGCAGAAAGGAUCUCCAAAGCAUUUAUUUUCUUUUCCCAGUCAGUCACAAAGAACUGGUUCAAGAAUCACCUAUAUCAAAGACCUGAGGAUGGUUUCCUUGUGGCUGAUUGUUUGUUAUGCCCCUCAUCGCGGCAACUGCCUGGCCAAGCUUGCGGGCGAAUGAGAGCGAUGCAUCACAGAUGGCGUCAUGCCACAUCAAAAAAGUGAUCGGGGAAACAUUUUCAAGAUUCGAGCACAGAUUGCAACCCCCAGGGUUGUACCCAGUUUGGGUAAAAUAAUAAGACGGUAGAGCCGAACCUUAGGUUUGCUCCUGGUACUGCCUGGAGACAUGUGAAAGGAAAGAUUGGGAGGCAAACAACUUCUCAUGCGACUUGAAACCCAGAGAAACAAACUCCCGUGAGCGAACCAACGCUUCCAAAACGGUGCAGCCCCAACGGCUAAGUAUUAACAAGGCAAAUGCCGAGUAUGCAUUCAGGUCCGCCGCGACGCUCACGCGAACCCCGCACAUGAAGGAAAGCCCAUUUAUUCUUGGCAUUACUUCAGAAGAACCCAGCCGAAGAGAGCACCAGCAUACCAGCCUUGACACCCAUUUAAAACCUACUUUCCUCCCUCAGUUCAAGAAACGAACUACUACUGCCGAGCAUCAAGCAAGCAAGCAAGCAACAAUGGGCACUCAUAGCGAUCCCACACACCAAUGGAAGCUUUCUUCAGCACAAGAAGCUCUGCUUCUUUUCAUCUUGGCUGCUACAGCCAUGGUGGGACUCUGUGCAUCAGCAACCCUCCGAAAGAAGAGGAUUCUCACUGAGAAAACUGCGGAGCAAGCAGGGGGAGUUGCUGAAGUUACCAACAAGAAGGAACCCAACGGUAAGCCGGCAGAUGAACAGCCGGCGUCCAGUUGGGGAGUGAUCAAGAAAGUUCUGACAAGCUCAUUGCAUGGGAACGAAGGGGCAGAGCAGGCGGAGUUGGAGAAUGGUAAGAAGUCGCAGGAAGGAAUGGAGAUGAUGGAUGACCAAGGAGGACCAGAAGGAUGUGAGAACACGACGGGGUUGCCCGUUUGGCAGAGGAGGAUACUGAUGGGGGAGAGAUGUGAGCUGCCAAGAUUCAGCGGUCUCAUCCUCUAUGAUGAACACGGGCGUCGCCUCCACAACAGCUCCAACAAAGACGCACUGCAUCAGGUGAGCAAAUUCUUUUCCCCCUGAUCGUUGUAGUUAGGGUCCAUUGCUGUUCUUCUUCCUCAGGGGAAUGAUAAAUAUACCAUACAACGUACUUGGAAUAUGUACUGAUGUCCAUUACCAUACCAAGUUCACAAGGGAUGGAAAAUAAACACAGAAACGUAUAAUUCUAUACAUGUGGGAAGCAUGCAGUCUUCUGAGAUUAAACAAGGAAGUAGGCAAGUAGUUCUAAUAACUAGUGAAUUCACCAGCAUGAAAACAGAAGUUUUUUUUUUUCUUUUUUUUUUCUUUUUCUUUUUUUGCCUUGUGGAGGCUCUGUUCUCUAAUUCUGAAAUUGUGAGGGAUGUUUCUUCAAUAUACCAGUGGCUUGCACAUUUUUGUUUGAUGCCUUGCAUCUGUUUGCAAAUUAAAUGUAACUAAAAUAGUACUGCAUGUCAUGCUGGGAUUAGAACAGAGCAAACAGACCAGAAAUAACUUCCAUUCUCAGUGAUUAUUUCUCUCGUGUAUCCGCAGGCAAAACAAACACCAGUUGGGACUAGUCUUAAGGAUUUGCUAUAAAUGCUCUCUACCUUAUCAUUAUCGUUGAGUUGCAGAAGAAGAAUAAAGUUGUUGAGCUGUAGAAGAUGAGUACAUCCAUUUGCAGUAAUUAGCACAUAUGCUAUUUCUUCCAUUUGUGCUCGAGUGGAAAUUGACUGCUGCUUUCAUGGAAUUUCUUAUUAAUUUUAUAUUUGUAAUACAAGCAUCACUACAAAAACAGUUGGAUGAGGAGAGACAUAAAUGGUAUAUGCAAGCAUGUAAGAGUUUAAGACAUGUGAAAUCAUUGUUCAUUUUAUCAUUUUUGCUUUUUCUAUUGAUAUCACAUAAAGGAUUAGAAGCAUCUAGGUUGCUGUCAAUGUUUAGAUUGAGAAAGUUCGAUGCAAAUUGUGAUUAAAGAACUUUUGGGUAACUAAUUAGAAUGGCUGAGCAAGCAACAAAGGGGCCUGUUUGGCACCAUUAUUGUUUUUGUGUUAUUGUUUCUCUACGAUUUAGUGAAAUACCAUAAGGAUAUUAAUAUUAAAGAUAGCAUUUGCACAAAAUUUCUGCUAUCCUUUGAUUUUUUUUUCAUUCUUUUCUGAAAGCAAUAAAUCUUUGCUAUCAAAAGCUAUGAAGAUUUUACAAACAAUUUUGAAAAAACAAAAUGUUUAAUCAUACAACUUAUUCAGUCUAGUUCCUUUUCUUCCUGGACUUUUGAAAAUAAAAGCAAUAUCAAGCAGGCCCUAAAUUUUUGACUCGGCACGACAAACAGGAUGUUACUCUAAAUUCAGCAUAGUGACAUAAAAUUCAGCUGUUGAUUCAGUUUCCAUAUGUGGCUAGCUCAGUAGAUCACCGAUUACAAUGAUAAAUAAGAACACAUGGAAAACAAUUGAAUGUUAUGAAAUUCUGUCGGUUUUAUUGAGCAUCGCAUGAUGUCUCCAUCUUCAAUAAAUAAUCCAUCCACCGAGAUCAUAAAACAUAGAUAAUUUCACAAUCAUAUUCUUAAAUAGGUUGGACAGCUUGGGGUUAAGAAAUCAAAACACAGCAAAAAUGUUUAAUUUGUUAGAAUCAGCCAGAUCAACUUUAUGUCUUCUCUUCCUUUAUGUGGAAGAGAAUGAUGACAAGUUACCAUCACAAACUUGCAUUCAAGAGUCCUUGUUCUACUAACUUUUGAAUCUAAAAUCACCUAGCAAGGAUCCUAAGAUAGGUAAUGUUAGGUGAUGACCUUGCAGUGCAUCAUGAAACAAUUAAACAAGACUUCUUCCUUUUUGUUCUUCGCCCUGUAAGAACAAGAACUCUUGACGAGAUUACGAUGAUUGCACAAUACUUUAUCAAUAUGGUUAACAUUCACCUUUGUAGAACUUUUCUUUUAAUUACAUCCUUCAGCCAUUAAAAUCAGAUGAUCAAAAGUAGUAAGAUGUGAUUGUGCACGUUUUAGAUUGAAAAUUGUUUUUCUUUGUGUGUCUAGAAUAUUUGAACUGAGUAUUGAGAAUUCUUAUAGAUGUUGGAUCUUUAAAGAAACAAAACAAAAUUCUAAUAAACAGAUAAUAAGGUAAGAGAUAACCAUGUGCUUCAAGAAAAGAAUUUUUCAAUCCUAUGAAUCAGAAUUUCUUGAAAUUUCAAUCUAAGACCUAAUUUUGCAUGGCUUGCAUUUCAAAAAUAUGCAAGAUCACAGAAAUAGGUGGUUUAGGACUUAGGAGUACCAUGAUGAGCAUCUUCAGCUUAUGAAUAAAAGUUAUUCUGUCGGUAAAAAUACAUAAAGCUAUCCACUCAUAAGAACACAAGCUUCCCAUAGGGCCUUUGUACUGGUAUUCAUUUUUAUAAGGU